UGGGGAGAUCGGAGAUCGGACUUGGUUGUGUUCACUAUCACUGAUUAAUCAGCAGAUAUGUCUGACAAACCAGAUAUGGCUGAAAUUGAGAAAUUUGACAAGUCUAAGUUGAAGAAGACAGAAACGCAAGAGAAGAACCCACUGCCUUCAAAAGAAACAAUUGAACAGGAGAAGCAGGCGGGUGAAUCGUAAUGAAAUCAGCCCUUCCAAAUUAUGCACUGUACAUUCCACAAGCAUUGCCUUCUUAUUUUUCUUCUUUUAGCUGUUUUAACUUUGUAAGAUGCAAAGAAGUUGGAUAAAGUUUAAAUGACUGUACUGCCCCCUGUCACAUCCAAAAAAAAAAA